UGACUUGUUGGCAAGCGGGAUGCAGUAAAGCAGAAAUUUGGAGGGGGGGGGAUAUAACCAGGGGUUGUGAAGGCACCCCCCCCUCCCUUCUAGCUCAGUCAAAACGACUGGCUGUGAUGCUGGAAAAGAAAGUUAAGGUAAUCCCACAUAUAUGCUUAUAUGCCCCACAACAAUCCUGUAACGUUGGCUGGGUUGAGAGAGAGUGACUGGCCCAAAUCACUCAGAGUGAUAGAAUGUGCCCCUUCAGCAGCAGUGGGGAAGGAUUUUGCCAACUUGGAAGAAACACAGAUCAAGAGAUGUGGAAUCCUGAAUUGGAUGAGGGAGAAGGGAGAAGAACAACAAACAAAAUUUUCAAGGUGUGCGAGGUUCGGCAGCACAUUUCAACAUGUCCCAAUGGCAACAAAUUCAAAUCCUGGACAAAGUUCACAUGGACCAGAUAGAUUUUCUCUACUCAGAUGACACCUUACCCAUGGAAGUGCGUCAGUAUUUAGCCUACUGGAUUGAGGAACAAAACUGGAGCCAAGCAAUAGAACUGGACCCCUCACAAGCCUGCUGUCUUUUCCAUACCAUGUUGUCUUCACUGGAUGAUCAGAUUGGACGUCUGGCGUUGGGCGAAGAGAACAAUGCUAACAUGUUACUCAAGCACAACUUGCGCCGUUCCAAACUGCAUCUCUCGAGCAAGUAUCAAGAACAUCCCCAGGAACUCGCCAUUGCCAUUGAUGCUCUAUUGAGACAGGAGAGAGCAAUUCUGUCUGAAGCCUUUUCUGCCUCUCAGGCAAGUGUGGAUCCUCCAUCUGAUUCCCCUGUGCCUACCAGCCAUCAGCAUAAGAUUGAGGAGCGGCUAAUGGAGAUGCACAAGACAAUUCAGGGUCUGAAAUGUUCCAUUGAGCAACAUGACGAUCUGCAGGAUAAUUUUGAUUUUUCUUAUCGGACACAUAAGCAUUUAGAAAGCACCACUCCCGCUAGUGGACCUGUUCGGGCCAAAAUGAUUGAGAAGUUACAAAGCAUGUUAAAUAGGUUGAACCACUUCCGCCAGGAGAUACUGAGCCAAAUCCAUGAACUUCUCGGACGCUCUGAUACUCUAAGAGAUUUACUUCUGAAGGAGGUAUCAGCAUGGCAAAACCGUCAGCGCUUAGUUUGCAUUGGAGAGAAAUGCGAUACCAGCUUAGGUCGUCUGGAAGAAUGGUUUACUAAAAGCGCUGAGAUCCUCUUCCACUUGCUACACUUAAUUAAGAUGCUGACUGGGAUGUACGACAAGGUGACUUACCAGACAGAUCCCCUCAAGGGCCAGUUGCCCCUUCUGAUGAAGCGACUUCAGGAGCAAAUAAUCUGCCUCUUGAAAAGUGCUUUUGUGGUGGAGGUACAACCUAAGAUGCAAGUUCCCAAUCAACGUCCUCUGGUACUGAGAACCAACCACAAGUUCUCCGUCCGGGCCAGACUACUGGUAAAACUUGUGGAUCGAAACAACUCACUUGAGGUGAAGAUUGACAUUGACCGGGAUGCUACUAAUUUGACUGGGUUCCGGAGGUUCAAUAUUUUGACAUCCAGCACCAAAACCUUGAUGAUGGAUGAUCCCCAAAAGCAAGGACUCGUUUGUGAUUUUAAGUACAUUACACUGAAAGAGCAGAAACUCUCCGGUUCAGGGAAAGGCAACAAAGGGAUUAGUGAGGGAUCGUUGUCUGUCACCGAAGAAUUGCACAUUAUCACUUUCACCCUGGAUUACUGCUAUCGAGGUAUCAAGUGCCAGCUACAGACAUCCACCUUGCCAGUGGUGAUUGUUUCCAAUGCCAACCAGCUCUCCAGCGCUUGGGCUUCCAUUUUAUGGUUUAUUAUGCUCAGCAGAGAUACUAAGAACCAGCUGUUUUUCUCCCAAUCACCGACUGCCACCUGGGCCCAGCUUUCCAGUGUAUUGUCCUGUCAAUUCUCAGCAGCUACUAUGCGAGGCCUGGAUAACCAUCAGCUCAAGAUGCUGGGAGAAAAACUCUGUGGGCCAGGGGUGAACUCGCAGAGUACCAUCACAUGGGAACAGUUUUCAAAGGAAGCAACUGCAAGCUCCCCAGGCAACAAUAAUUUCAGCUUCUGGACCUGGAUUGAUGGGAUCCUACUCCUGAUUCAAGAGAAUCUGCUUCAGCUCUGGAAGGACGGUCGCAUCAUGGGAUUUGUGAGCCGCAAAUAUGAACAGCGUUUGCUGAAGAAGAAAAGAGCUGGCACCUUCCUGAUACGUUUCAGUGAGAGUACCUCCAGUGGUGGCAUCACCUUUACCUGGGUAGAGUUUAACAAUGAUGGUGUUCCCGAGUUCAAUUCAGUUGAGCCCUACACCAGGAAAGAGCUGGAGUUCCUUUCACUGCCUGAUAUCAUCCGAGAUUACCAACGCCUGGCUAAAGAAGUCAUUCCAGAGAAUCCACUCCUCUACCUGUAUCCUGACAUUCCAAGGGAUGAUGCUUUUGGUUCUUACUACAAAGAACGCCGGGAAGUAAGCAUGACGGAACAAAGAAUGUACUUGAACCGUCGCCUGAUCAGAGUCUCUACGCAACCAGGAGAGACUCAGACACCAGAUAAAAAUGAACUACUCCCUAUAAGCAAUGGGUUGGUAGAUGAUGAACUGCAGAAUCCUGAGUAUAAAGCGGAGAACUGUCUGCUUGUCAAGGAAGAUCCUUUUCUUUGCCAGUCAAAUGAAGAGCAACAGGAACCUUCCCUCCUGUUUGAUAUGCCACACUUGCAGGUGGAUGACCCAGAUUUCCAAAGCCUGCUCAGUGUUGAGAAUAUAAGCAAUGAUAUUCCUGGAAAUGAAAUUGAGGAUUUAAUGAAGCUCUAUGCUAAGGUAGAAGUAGGUCCGUGUCUAUAAGACACACAUACAAUUCUCUACAUGUCCUUUAAUCCUCCCAUUCUUUCUUUGUUGUAUAUCUUUAUAAUAUACAAUCAAGGGCAUUGACAUAUAGGAAAAUAUAUUCUGGUUUCUCUUAGGCCCUCUCCACAAAUCUUUGGACAAAAGUUUCUCCCAUAAAUUUCCACUAUUUAACCAUUUAAGUUCUUUUCUUAACAGCUAUUUCUUCAAUUAUGCCUGGAUUGGGACAAAGCUAGGGAUGAAGGGUUGGACAACCUCUGGAAUUGCUGAGCCCUCCCUCUCUCUCUCCCUCCCACGCACACCCUUAUAGAAUUCAUGAAAGCUGAAAUUUGUUGACUUCCAAAAGGCUUGCAUGUUGACUGACUCUUGAUUAUAUUUGGACCAAAUUAAGAAAAAGUCAAAUAGCUCUUCAUUUUGAGUUACAGGGUUUGCAAAAAUCAAGUUUGGGAAAAGGAAAAAUAAUUUACUAGAAUCUAGAAAAGUAGUGUGAAAAAGACACCCAGAAAUAUACAAAUGAUGUGCUCAUUCAAUUAUUUGGGUCAGAUGGAGACCUUUUGAGUUAAGGGCUCAGCAUCCAUCUAGUUUAUUAGCAGGUGUGUUGUUGUUGUUUUCAAAAAAAUCAGAGUUGCUGCUUGCUAGAAUUAGAGUUACCAUGACAGUAAUCAAUGAAUAAUACUGAGCUUUCAUUUCUGUUUGCUUUGCCUCUCAGCUGUAAAUUUGUAAAUAAACAGAUGCUACAAAAUACAGCUUCGGUUUGCAUACUUUAUGGGAAGCUGACCCAGUCAAGCUGUUCUGGAAUUUCCCAUCAUUUGGAGAAGUAGCAAGGACCAACUAGAUCGAAGUGUACUUUGGUAAAAUUGAGCAAAUACGAGCUGCAUCCUCACGAACCCUUUCCUCAAAUGCAUGUGUGUGAUUUUUUUACUACCCUCUGCAAUUCUGGGAUCUUUCACUCCUUUUAUUUUAAUAAAAACAUUCA